AAAUCCACAAAACUUAUGCCGGCAAUACUAAUGUUCUGUGUACCAGCGGAUCACACCUCGAAAUCAUCACCACCCGCACAGCAGUCAUUAAGAAUGUCGAGAUUGAGAAAUCUGUUUCGUGACUGGUUUCGAACGUGCUGCAGAAGUGGCCAAUCACACCCUUGCGCGUCUGAGGCGGAAGAACAGGCCACCCGGUCCAGCCCUAUAUCCGAAUGCGCAAUAUAGACUGGGAUUGAUGAUAGUUGAGUGGAUUGUGGAGGAAGCUCGGCAGUCCAUGCCUGCCCUAGCCACGCACUUUAUUUCUCGUCAAUUGUUCCUUGCUGUUCAGACUCAGGCUUCACCUUUCUUUAACUUGACUCGGAACUCAAGGGUGGGAUUGUUUGAAAAGACAUCGGCUCUGAAGAAGAGAACGUGUGCUGGAUCACAUUUCCUACCAGAACUUGCUGUCGAGAUGAACAUACAGAGUCUGAGUUUUGAGGUGUCCGACCACGAAGUCGAGGAAAGAUCUACAAUUGUGCAACGUCCUUUAGUACCGCAUAAAACAUACGGAGAAUUACUUUUCCCCCAGUCUUUUGUCUCAUCCGGUGCCCUGGAACGAAAAUUAAUUUAUUUGACUUCGGCUCGCCGCAGCGGACAGGGCAAGGUGCGUUUCCGCCCGAGGGACCAGCGACCUGAACGGCGGGCUUGAAGGAUUUGCUCUUCCAAGCGAACCCCACCGAGCUUACUUUCAGAACUCCUCGUGGCCGGUCAGGAUUCAAAAAGUGUAUUUUAUUUAUGGAAACAGUGCUGGAACUGGCCAAUGACAGGGAAACCCGCAAGAUGCGGUUCUGCGACGAGACGAGACAAACGUUCGAGGCUGACAUAUCCACAGCGUU